AAAUCGGCAAUGAUUCGAAUGAAUGCCGCCAGGCGUCGCAGCUAGUAUACAUCGCAGAGACGACGCUCUCAUUUCAAGAGAUGUUUUAGUGUUAAAGGAAAAUGCCGAAUCGUAUUUUGUAGAAUGUGUAAUUCAAAUUUUAUAUAAUCAAACAGUUUCCCGUAUGUUUUUCCCACUGAAAAUUGGGCACAUUUAAAAUUCGAUAAACUCACAACGAUUCCGUGAACUGGAAUUGGUUUUUGUUUGUGGCAGUGUUUUGGAUAAAUUACAUUUAGUCUGAUUCAUUGUUCAGUGUAAUUAGUGAAGUUUCUUUGUUUGUCUGUGUGUGAUAUUGUGUGUGCUCCGCUGUCUCUAUUGUCUGCGCUUUUAUUUUCGUUGAAAGAAGUGAAGAAAAAAAAACAACAACCUAAAAGUGAGAGUUUAGAGCGAGAAGACUACACAUCGAAACGAUUAUCGAUUUCAAAUCGAUAGGAAAAUGUCUUUAGCAUAUGGACAACAACAACAGGCGCCUCAAGCGGCACAGCAGCCACCCAUCGCUGCACCAAAUCAACAACAGCAUCGUGCAAUGCCGCCGAAUCGUGGACCUGCAUCUGGACCACCACCACCCAGUCAAGCCCAUAUUCAGAAGAUUCUCGACGAAAAUUGUAGCCUAAUUCAAACGAUUCAAGAAUUUCAACAUGCUGGCAAAAGCCACGAAUGCAUGUCCUAUCAUCAGACAUUGCACCGCAAUCUCGUUUACUUAGCACAACUUGCAGAUUCGUCACAGAAUAUAUCGCAAAUUUUGCCGCCACCGCAUGUUUUGCAAACAUCGAUUGGGCAACCGAUGCCAUCGAUGCAUCAUCCUGGACAAGGUGAAGGCGCCAAUCAACCACCAGGGCAGAAUCCAAAUCAGCAACCACCAAUUGGUGCUUAUCCCAAUCAUAUGCAACAUCAAAUGCCAUUACCCAAUUCGUCGCAUAUGCAACAACAACAACAAACGCAGCAACAGCAGCAACAACAACAACAACAGCAACAACAAGGACCGCAACAUUCUGGUCAAAGCCACCCAUCGGCACCACCGCAUGGGCCUCAGCAUCCAGGGCAACAACACUCGAGCCAACCGCAUCCUGGUGGACCACAACAUCCGGGUCAACCACAGCACCCUGGGCAACAACAACAAGGACCGCAACAUCCUGGUCAAAGCCAUCCAUCGGUACCACCGCAUGGGCCUCAGCAUCCAGGGCAACAACACUCGAGUCAACCGCAUCCUGGUGGACCACAACAUCCGGGUCAACCACAGCAUCCUGGGCAACAACAACAACAAGGACCGCAACACCCUGGUCAAAGCCAUCCAUCGGCACCACCGCAUGGACCACAGCAUCCUGGACAACAACAGCAUCCGGGUCAGCAGCAUCCACCUCAGCAUCCAUCGAUUCCACCGAAUCAACCAUCGCAACCAGGUGCUCCCGGAUAUCCUCCAAACUCUCAGCAAGGACAACCAAUUCCACCGCCAACACAUCAUCAGUCUGCUGCAAAUCCUCCCGUUAAUUCGAUACCAACAUCUGGUGCUAACCCAAGCCAAGCAACGUCACCACCGAACAAUUCAAAUGGCAGUCAAGCUCCACCAGCCGUUGGACCACCGGUAACAGCACAGCCGACGCCCAUAUCGGUGGCACAGCAACAACAGCAGCCAGCUCAGCCACCUGUUUCGGCACAGCCACAGAUACCACCAGUGCAGGCAAACCAAGCACCACAGCAACAUCCUGGCCCACAACGGCCAAAUGUUCCACCUAGCUCGCAGCCACCACAAGGAGGCGCACCACCGGUUCCUCCUGUUUCGCAGACCUCACAAACACCUGGACAACAGCAACAAGGCCAGGGGCCACAAACGCAGCCGCCAAAUCAGCAACAGCCUCCGCAGCCGGGUCAACAGCCUGGCCAGCCAUAUCGAGGCUAUCAACAACCACAGCAGCACGGUCAUUAUGGCUACGGCCCACCACCACAAGGUCAAGCGUAUCAGCCAAAUAGCUAUCCACCUACGAUGCCUCCGUAUGGUCCACAAGGCUACGCACCAAAUGCAGCACCUCAAGUGUACCAUCAUGGUAUGCCACCAGCAUCAGGCCAUCAACCAGGCUAUCCACCACCGCCAGGAAAUCCAUAUGGGCCACAUGGACAAAAUAUUUAUCCACAAAAUGCACCGCCGCCAAUGAACUACUACGGUGGGCCUAAUCCAGCCUAUCCGAACCCAUAUCCACCACCUCCGCAGCAAUAUCAGCCACCGGGUGCUCCCGGAUAUCCUCCAAACUCUCAGCAAGGGCAACCAAUUCCACCGCCAACACAUCAUCAGCCUGCUGCAAAUCCUUCCGUUAAUUCGAUACCGACAUCUGGUGCUAACCCGAGCCAAACAACGUCACCACCAAACAAUUCAAAUGGCAGUCAAGCUCCACCAGCCGUUGGACCACCGGUAGCAGCACAGCCGACGCCCGUAUCGGUGGCACAGCAACAACAGCAGCCAGCUCAACCGCCUGUUCCGGGUAAAUCGAUGUCUCCCAACUCUCAACCGAUGUCAAUGGCACCUCCGCAUCCAAAUAUGCCACCGCCACCACAAAACAGUCAGCCGGCAGCAUACCAACAGCCUAUGCCACCGCCUGUGUCAGGUGCUCACACCCAGCCAAACUAUACACAGCCGCCUCAACCGCAAGUUCCGAACAAUACAGCGCCAAAUUCUCAGCCCCAAUCGAUGCCAAUGCCUGCACCGCCGCCAGUCGGUCAAAACAUCUAUUCGCAACAGUAUCAAGGGCCACCGCAAGGCCCAUACGCACCACCGGGUGCUGCAAAUUAUCCCGCUUCGCAUGCUGGCUAUCAUCAACAAAAUUAUCAUCCGGCUCAAAAUUAUCCAGCAUAUAGGCCUCCAGGACCACCGGGACCGGCUGGAUAUUAUCCAGGCUACGGUCAACCACAACAAUAAAUCAAUUCAAGCAAAUGCACGUAAUUUGCUUAACGGAAACAACGACACAAAAAGCGAUUCACAGCGCUUUUUAACCAGACAUUUCAAUUGAUUCCUAGCAACAAUUCACAUAUUAUAGCAUAUUCAUAGUUUUUUAAGCCCCUAUUCCCUUAUAUAAGAACAUAAACGGCAAAUGCUUUUUUGAAAUUCGAACAAAUCCGUAGAAUCAAAAGCAAAUGAACAUUUCACAAUUUCAAUAAGGAAAACACAUACACACAUACACACAUACGUAGACAUACGAUCCCAAUUUAUGGCCAAAAGAAAAAUGACAACUGUACACGCCGCAAACGAACGAAAUUGUAAAUGAAACAAUGAAUUUCAACAACAACAAAAAUAAAUAAAUCUAUCAAUCUAGCGAUUAAGAUGACCCCACGAAAAAAAAAUUAACAAAUAAAUCAACACAUUUUAUGCAGAGUAAAAUUUUUAAUCGUUCUAUAUGGAUAAUAUUUUUAAGCUAUUGACAAUGUUUUUAAAAAUUGAGUAUGACAUGUGUAGCAAUUGAAUAUAAUAAUGAAUCUGUAUUUCAAACGGCAUCUAAACACAAUUCUAGCUAUUUUCAGUGACGGGAAAAUUGACGAGUGAGAAGAGACGAAAGAAAAUGCAUAUGAAUUUACACAUACUACACGAUAGAUACACGUUAUCUUCGUUUAAUUGUCAAUAAAUACGCGCAAAUAAUACAUUGUGAUGGCUUGAUUGAAAUGAGAGGGCGGUUAUUAAGGACUGUUUUUGACACGACUUAAACUUAGAUUUUAUUUUUUUUUUAUUGAAGCGUAAAAUGAUUUGCAAUUUCCACAAUGACGACUAUAUGUAUGGUGGCAUCGAAUUAAAACUGAUCUGUUUCCCUUGCUCGCAACAAAUAGCAAAUGAUUUUCAAUAAGUUUCUUUCUAGCGAAUUUUUAGUUUGCCAAUUUGUUGGUAUUUCCUUUUCCUUUGCUGACUAUCAAACAAUGAUCAAUCUAUAAAUCACCCAUAAUAGACUAGAUUUCUAGAAAAUAAAUAAGCAUCAAAUUCAGACAACAAAAUCAAUAUCGAUAAUCAUCUAAAUGUAUCCAAUUUUAUGUUCAUUGAAAUAAACAAUAAAAAUAUAGAAAAACAUAA